AUGGACAUUGGUGGUUUGGAGACGGUGGUGGCAAACUCUGCCUAUGUCUCGGCCCGUGGUAGUGUGGACGGAGCUGCAGCAGCCACCAUGCGUGACAAGAAGAUGCGAGCCAGGCUGAAACUCCCACACAUCAGAGAUUGUGAACACAUGAAGACGACUGUAGACACGACCUUUGACAUGAUGUGUGUCAAACAGCCAAUUGGCAAGCGCCUAUUCCAACAGUUUCUGCAGAGUGACACAAUCCAUAAGAAUGCUGGGGAUCUGUGGAAAGACAUCGAAGACUACAAAGUAUGUCAAGAAAAGGACAGAGUACAGAAGGCACAAAAAAUCGUCAAUAAGUACCAUGACUCAGCAUCAAAGAAUUUUUGCAGCUUCCUGGAGGAGAAGGCCGUCACUCGAGUGAAGGAAGACUUCAAAAAUGUCCGUGGUGACCUGUUUAAGGAGAGUGAGCAACAACUGCUCGAACACCUGGAGAACGCCAUAGAUGGCUUCAAGAACAGCAUGUACUUCCUGCGUUAUGUUCAGUUCAAAUGGUUGGAGAGCCAGCCUUUUGAUGAGGAGUGGUUCAUGGACUUCAGAGUCCUGGGUAAAGGAGGUUUCGGGGAAGUGUUUGCUUGCCAGGCUAAGGCAACAGGCAAAAUGUACGCCAAUAAAAAGCUGGAUAAAAAGAGGCUGAAGAAACGUAAAGGCUAUGGGGGAGCAAUUGUGGAGAAGCGCAUCCUCGCAAAAGUUCACAGUCGCUUCAUUGUGACACUGGCUUAUGCCUUCCAGACCAAGACUGACCUCUGCCUAGUUAUGACCAUCAUGAAUGGUGGAGACCUCAGGUUUCAUAUGUAUAAUGUGGAUGAAAAAAAUCCUGGUUUUGAUGAGAAGAGAGCAUGUUUCUAUACAGCUCAGGUCAUCUGUGGACUGGAGCACCUUCACCAGCACAGGAUCAUCUACAGAGACCUAAAACCAGAAAAUGUACUGCUGGAUGAUGCAGGACACGUUCGCCUGUCAGAUUUGGGUCUGGCUGUCGAACUUCCACCAGGGGAAGACAAGACUUCUGGAUAUGCAGGAACUCCAGGUUUCAUGGCUCCAGAGCUGCUCCAGAAGAAGGAGUAUGACUACUCAGUGGACUAUUUUACUCUGGGAGUCACAGUGUAUGAGAUGAUUGCAGCUAAAGGGCCCUUUAGAGUGCGAGGACAAAAGGUUGAGAAUGAAGAGGUUACUCGCAGAAUCUUGAAUGAUCCAGUUUCAUAUACACCCAAAUUUAGCAAAGAGUGCACAGAUAUUUGUGAAGGCCUGAUGGCGAAGGACCCAGAGAAACGCCUUGGGUUCAAAAAUAAUGAGUGCGCUGAGCUCAAGAAUCAGCCAUUCUUCAAAGAGAUUAACUGGGGCCGUCUGGAAGCAGGCAUGCUACCUCCACCAUUUGUACCUGAUCCUAAGAUGGUCUAUGCUAAAGAUAUUGACGAUGUGGGCGCCUUCAGCACAAUUAAAGGUUUGGUCAUGGAUAAUAAGGACACAGAGUUCUUCAAUGAUUUUGCCUCUGGCAACGUCCCAAUCCCAUGGCAGGAGGAGAUGAUUGAGACAGGUGUGUUUGGGGAGCUGAAUAUCUGGGGAGAGAAUGGCAAACUACCCAAUGACCUUGAUCCCAACUAUGUGGAAGUCAAAGGUGGAGGAUGUGUACUUCUUUGA